AUGUUGAAGAGAGGAGCUCCAGUGAGCCAGCUGCAUCACUUGUUCCAGUUACUAGAAAACCUUCAAUCUCCAAUUAUCAUUUAUAUCCGUGAUUUUGAGGCUGAAAGAGUUGCAGCUCAAAAACGAAAGAUGAUUGAUUUCGGAGGAGUGCAUGAUGUUGAUGAUGGUGAUGAUGGCUCCUCAAGUGGAAGUGACCUAGGUGGUAUGUGUUUUGAAUCUUACAUGGUGCAUAAGUUGGAGAAGUUUAAAAGAUACAAGGAGAUAGGGUUGAAGUCGGCAGCUGAAAUGCUUUCAGCUUUUCAGAAUGAUUUUGAACCUUGCAUGAAUGCCGUUUGUGCUCUCUACCGAUAUAAAAUUUCUUCUAAUAAAUUCAACACCAGCCCACUGCUUCCAAGAGAUUCAGCUGUAAUGAGUUUGAAGGCUUUGGCUGAGUACUUAACGACGGGCACCCUCAGAACAAGCCAAAAGAAAAUGUUUCAGAAGUGCAGCAAGAAGAUCGAAGUGUUCUUUUGCGAUAUGCGAAAUAAGGAAGCAGAAGCAGUCACUGUCACAUGUAACACCAUGCCAGUUUUGAUCUCUCACUGGCCUAAUUUUGAGAAGGACAUAAGCGAUCUAUGUACAAGGAAUGUGUUUUUUAAAAUUCGUCAAGAACUGGAAGAGGCAGCGAUGCUGAUUCCUAAGCUUAUUCAGGAGAUAGGUUCUUCUAAGGUUUACGAAGUGACAUUAUACUCAAACUCUUCAGCUUGCUGGAACGUUUCAUACAAUGUUGAUAAAAUUCAAUUUCGAUGUUCUUGUGUAACCUUUGAAACUGCUGGGUGGCCCUGCUCUCAUAUAUUUUCAGUGAUGAAAUCUAAACGUUUGCAGAAGUUUCCUUCACAUUGUGUACUUAACAGAUGGAUGAGAAAUGCAAAAGAAUAUGCCAAUGGUGGUAUUCAAUGUUCUAUUCCUAAAAGUCUUACUCAGGCUGCAAGAUUCGGGGUAUUAAGCGGCAAGUGCAAUCAAAUUUGUCAUUAUGCGUCAGUUUGUGACGAAGGGUAUGAGACAUUAACACCAAUAUUAGCAGACCUCACUGAGCGUAUGAGGGUGAUAUCUGAAAAGGCCAGUGCACCAGACAAUGAUAUUGGCAGCUCCCACGUUGCGAAGAAGGCUCGAUUUGGAGUUUGUGAUCCAGCACAGACAAAACAAAAGGUCGUCCAGUAA